AAAGGAAAGGAAUCGAAUCCUCAGUCUAAGUCAGUGUUUCUCAUCUUUGACAACUCUAAGAAGUGUGGACUUCAACUCCCAGAAUUCCCCAGCCAGCAGGUCAUAAAACACCGCUCUAAGUUUUCAUCCCUAUUACCAGGAGUGGAGAAUCUCAGGGACAGAGCCUCGGUGCUUCAUUCUCAGUACCCCUUUGUGAAUCAAAGAAACCAAUAUUUACUUCGCUUUGUUCUCAACAGGGCCUUGGUAUUAGGCGCUCUGUUUAACCGCCAGGCAGCAGGCGGGGAGGAUGGAGCUGAUUUCGGCCAAAGCAUCCCCCAUCAGGAGGAAUCUUUUCGGGCCCGUGGAUCACGACAGUUUGCUGCAGGAGUUCCAGAGCAUGAUGAGAUCCAGCCUGGAACAGGCGAAGCAGCGGUGGAACUUCGACUUCUUCCAGGAGAUGCCCGUCGUGGGUCUUCUCCAAUGGGAAGAGCUGCAGGGCCACGAAGUUCCCGCCUUCUACCACACGCACGUGGCCAGGGAGUCUCGCCCGCCUCUGCAGCCCAUGAACAGGGCCGUGGACAGAGAAGAGAAUGUUCACCUCCUGGGCAGGGAGGCGGAAAGAGGCAGACCGAUCAAAAUGGCGACGCUCGCGAAGAAGCGAAGACAGACGUAUUUGACAGAUUAUUACACAACAAAGAAGCAGAUAAGAACAGAUAUGCAAACACCUGUCAAGAAAUUGGCCUUCUAAACUGGUGGAACGCUUCCAAGAUAUAUUUUUUUUUCCUAAAAGAUCUUAUACAAGCUUAUACAACAUUUCAGAACGAUCUUUACUGAUAACUAACCCUUUGUAGCUUCGCAUAGAAGAACAGUGAAAAUGGGAACAUUUAUUAAAAGAACAAAUUCUUAUGAAAUGACAGCCAAAUAAAAACUGAAUGGCUCAGGAAACUUU